CAAGCUCCCUAUAGACCCAUAGUUGGAACCUUGCUGGGCUUUCCUUGGGAUGUGAGAACAUCUAUAGAGCACUGGAGAGGGGCAGAGGACCACCUGAAGCCAUGCCAGUCCCCUGUACCUUCCACUGCAACCCAGCUGUCUGCUGAGGCUAGUUCUACCACCUAUACAUGCAGCCCCAGCUCCUGGGACCAGAGGUUAACUGAAGAUAUGGACAAGUCUCCUUCCAAACCUUUUUCAGCCAAGAAGAGGGUAAAAAUACACCCAAAUACUGUGACAGUUAAAUACACAUCUCAUUAUCCGCAACCUGGAGAUGAUGGAUAUGAUGACACCAGUGAGGACAAUGGAGGCUUUGUUGAGGAGAACCCCAAAAAACGACUUUUGGGAGAUGCCAAAAAGAAAACCUUUUUUGGCACUAUGGAUUCCAGGCAAAAGCAGAUGGAUGACCCUGACAAUGGGCUUGCUCAGCAGCUGCAAAGUUUUGCGGACAGCUCUAUUCUCCAGUCGCGGAAAAUGUGGGCAGUCUUAUUUGGAUCAGCUUUGGCUCAUGGAUGUGUAGCAUUAAUCACUAGACUGGUUUCUGAUCGUUCCAAUGUGCCAUCUCUGGAGUUAAUAUUCAUCCGCUCUGUUAUGCAAGUAUUGUCCAUUUUAAUGGUAUGUUAUUAUAAAGAAGCACCUUUUGGUCCCCCAGGGUACAAGUUACGAUUAUUCUUCUAUGGUGUAUGCAAUGUUAUUUCCAUAACAUGUGCCUACACGUCUUUCUCUAUUGUUCCUCCAAGCAAUGGAACCAUAAUGUGGAGAGCAACAACCACUGUCUUCAGUGCCAUCUUGGCCUUCUUACUGCUAGAUGAACACAUGGCAUACAUUGAUUUAAUUACUGUAGUUUGCAGUGUAUUUGGAGCCUGUUUGGUCAUGAUACCAAAUAUUGUUAAUGAAGAAAAUUCGUACCUUGGUUUCUGGAAAGAAGCAUUUGGUUAUACAAUGACAGUAAUGGCUGGACUGACCACAGCACUAUCUAUGAUAGUCUACAGAUCAAUUAAAGAGAAGGUUAGCAUGUGGACUGCUCUCUUUACCUUUGGGUGGACUGGAAGUGUGUGGGGAGCAUGCACCAUGUUUAUUCUGCAAGAACCCAUUAUACCAUUGGAUGGAGAGACCUGGGGAUACCUUCUUGCCAUCUGUUUAUGUUCUACGGUAGCAUUUUUAGGUGUUUACUAUGCCUUGUAUAAAUUCCACCCAGCAUUGGUCAGCACAGUUCAACAUCUGGAGAUUGUUGUAGCCAUGAUCCUUCAACUUCUUGUACUGCGCAUGUAUCCCAGUGUCUAUGAUCUUAUUGGUGGAGCUGUCAUCAUGACAAGCGUCUUUGUGUUGGCUGGUUACAAACUCUACUUGGGUAGGAAAGGACGGCAAGAUUAUCAAGAAAUAUUGGACUCUCCCAUUAAAUGAGAGCUGACAUGUCCCCGUUGACUUUUUUAGUGUGUAACUAUGUUGCGUGUUCCACAUUCCACCCUGCGGGUAACCAAACCUGUGAUUUCAGUGCAGAGUUAAAAAGCACCUUUACAAACAAAUAUCUAUAUAACAUAAAAAUAACUGUUUUAUUUAUAUAGCUAGGUAUUAUAAACGGGUCUACAAAGCCUCAAAAAAUAUAUUUUAGAAAAUACUGAAAUCUUAGUAUUAACGUUUAAGACCCAAUUAAUCUGGUUAAGCAUAAUUGGUGGUGUCAUGACCUUGACUUGGCUUUAAUAUAUAUUGUAAAGCAAAUGUGGCAAUUUUAAGUUUAAAAUUUCAUGAUGGUAAAACUAUUCUUGCAGGGUCGUAUCUAUAGUUUGCAUCUGGUGAAAUCUGCUCAGAAGUGUUCAAUAUUUCAUCAUGUCAUCAGUGAUGUGAGUUGUCAAGGAGAAAACUGUUGUCAAGUGAAGUGCGACCAAAAAAGGAAUUCUAGUAGUUUCCAAUUUAGUCAACCACCAGUGUUCUCCAAAGUAAGUACCAUAGCUAUGGUAUAAUAAUGUAUAUAAUAUAUAAAAAGUGCCCUCUUCUAAUAUUUGCACCCUUGGUAAAUAUGUGCAAAGAAAACUGUGAAAAAUUGUCUUUAUUGUUAACCUUUUAAUAUUUUAAUAAAAACACCCAAAAAUACUUUGCUCUCAUGGUUAUCAAACAAUUGCAAAAGGUUUAUAAAAAAAAAAAUACUUUGUUAAAUAUAUGUGUGGCACAAUUAUUAGCUACCCUGUAAAUUCAUAUGAGAAAAAUAUAU